CUCGAAGUCUUUCAUCAACACAUCUCGGCAUGGUCAAGUUCCAAAACAAGAGAGAGGACUUGAGCUUCGAUGUCAUAGGUUACCCUGUACCACUUAAUUAUGAAAUAUGGUUCGAUCCACCAGAAAUAAACAACAGUAAGCCCUUCACCAGGAAGUUUGAAGGUUCAGAGCUGAAUGUUACCUGUAAAGCUUCCAGCAAAUACCUUUACCUGUCCAGGUGUACUUUAACAAUCUUAAGUGUUCCAUUCCAGUCAGGUGGUUUGUACAUAUUGCAAGUCAUCAAUGAACACGGGAAAGAAAAUUUCACUGUUGAGAUCAGUUACGCUGAUGACGAAGACUGGAAAUUCUUUAAACUAGCCAUGGCUGGUGGUGUUGGGUCUCUCGUCGUUGUCACCUUCACAAUUCUCGUACUCAUUGUUGUAAUGAGAAAACUUACUAGAAGUAAAGGUGAUCAGCCAAGCCAAGCACCUGAAGAUAUAUACGAAAAUCCAUUGGAUGGUGUUCCACUAGCAAUGCCACCUUUGGAAACAGAUUUUACUGCUGCUACUUCAGAACCUGGUCCUUGUCAGAUGCCUCUGUAUGCUGUAGUAGACAAGACAAGAAAGAAGAACACUCGACCUAAAGUAGCAGACGAUAUGAAGGAGGCAAGGAGAAACGACCCACAAGAUGUAAAUGUUUCGAAUUCGGGAUUGCAGUGUGACACAGAUGAUGAUUAUGCUGUUUUAGAUGUAUUCAGAGGUAAAACUCCAGCUAAACGGGAUAAAGACAACUACAAACCCAUGAAACAAGAGUCCAGUUCAAACAUAAAGAAAGAUUUUGUAGCUACCGAGGUUGAUUUGAAGAUCUAUGACCAUUUGGCCAGACCCCUACUACCACCACAACAGGAUAAAACUUCCAGGUCGGACGUGCAUAUGAAGGGGAGAAAGGCAGAGGGGCUACAGAUGGCGAUUUGAUUUAUCAUCCAUCAUUGUAUCCAGAGAAGACAAAAUUAUGUACUUUUUCGCUCACAAAUGAAGUUUUCGAUUAAAGAAUUGGGUAAGAGGUAAAGGUAAUACCCUACCCUUUAUUAUGUCGCUAGAGACCUCUCCUUUCUCAGGAUAAGCCUUAAGAGAGGGUGGUGCCCAUCUCCUCUCCCUCUCUCCCUUACCUUUCGCUGCCUUCCCGAAUUAGAACACAGACGAAGAUGCGUAUUUGAAUGUACAGAUGCUGACUUGCAUGUAUUUGUGCAGGUAGUAGUUGUUUCCCAAAAUUAGGAUGAGGUGCAAUAUAAGACACAAGAAAAAUAAAGAGACGACCAGAAUCCUAUUUGAAACUUUACAUCACACGUUAUUGUUUUGCUGUCCAAGAAGAACGAGGACUUCAUCCUGUCAGCUUGAGAUGGAAAUUUAUGAUAUUUUAAAAUCAGUUUGAAUAUUACAUGUUUGUGAGCUGUAUUUCAUUUUAUUUCCUUGGAAUUUACAGUUUUCAUGCAAGAUGAUUGUCAUGUAAUAAAGACAGAGGUACA